AUGAAUGAAGAAAAUACAGUUUCCGAUGAUCUGAAGAGGCAGGCUGCAAUGUUCUAUAACAGCACCCAAAGAGAACAUCAAAAAGAUCAUGAGAUGACCUGGUGUUUCUGGCGCCGGCGGCGGUUGGUGGUUGCUCUUCUAGCUUUCUUUGGCUUCUUUAACUGUUACGCGUUGCGAGUCAACCUAUCUGUGGCCGUGGUAGCCAUGACGGAACCCGUGGAAACAAAACUUGCAAACGGAACCGUUAUAUUAGCACCUGAAUUCGACUGGAGCCCCAGCGUCAAAGGUCUGGUGUUGAGUUCCUUCUUCUAUGGGUACCUGAUAACUCAGUUACCUGGCGGAUGGCUUGCGGCUAAAAUAGGAGGUAACAGGGUAUUUGCCAUAGGCAUCGGUGCCACCUCGCUCCUAACUUUGUUUACUCCACCGCUUGCGCAUACGAGCACUGCACUUCUAAUCGCUGUCAGAGUCGUGGAAGGACUUUUCGAAGGCGUGACGUACCCAUGUAUCCACGCGGUGUGGUCGCGCUGGGCGCCGAGCUCGGAGCGCGCGCGGCUGGCCACGUUCGCGUUCAGCGGCAGCUACGCCGGCACCGUCGUGUCCAUGCCCGUCUGCUCGCUACUUGCGCACUACACCGGCUGGCCCGGCAUAUUCUACGUCUUCGGUAUAAUGGGGCUCGUAUGGACGACAAUAUGGUGGCUAGUUGUGAAGGAAUCACCUGAAAAAGAUCCUCACAUAUCCCCUGCAGAACUCAAGUACAUACAGGAUUCUCGCGGCACGCAGGCUGUAGAAGGCGGUAAGAUCCGCCACCCGUGGCGGGCCAUGCUCACCUCGGGGCCUGUGUGGGCCAUCGUUAUGGCCCAUUUCAGCGAGAACUGGGGUUUCUAUACCUUACUCACUCUCCUGCCUACGUUCAUGAAAGAUGUUUUUAAAUUUGAGACCUCGCAAACGGGCUGGCUGUCUGCUACACCUUACUUAGCCAUGGCAAUAGUACUGCAAGUUGCUGGACAUAUUGCUGACUGGAUAUUAAGGCGAGGUCUAAUGUCUAGAACCAACAUUAGGAAACUGUUCAACUGCGGCGCUUUCUUGUCACAGACGAUAUUCAUGGUAGCCGCGGCAUACGCUUCAUCGGUGACCGGCUGUGUGGUGUUCCUCACCAUAGCGGUCGGACUCGGCGGGUUCGCGUGGUCGGGUUUCAGUGUGAAUCAUUUGGAUAUCGCGCCGCCCCACGCCAGCGUCCUCAUGGGGCUGUCAAACACCGUGGCCACGUUGCCCGGCAUCAUAAGCCCCACACUCUCAAGUGCGAUCGUCACUGACCAGACAGCGGAACAAUGGCGAAUAGUAUUCUUCAUGUCCAGCGCCAUCUAUUUGAUCGGCGCGAUAAUCUACGGCAUCUUCUGUUCGGCGGAACUCCAACCGUGGGUCGUGGAGAUUGAGUCGGACGCGAGUUUUGACACAGAUGGCGCUUCAGUCACCACUGCCAGAGGAUACGAUAACAAAGGCAUGGAUCAAAAUUCGGAAAUGUAA